AUGAGAUUCAUUUUGUACAGGUUGAACGUGACUCAGUUGGUCACUCUUCUCCUUGACUCCAAACUAGUUUCAGUUCUCUGUCACUUUGGCAAUUUUGGAUGCGGAGAUGGAGGAUGGACACCAGUCAUGAAGAUGAACGGCAGCAAGGUAAAACGUGUGUAUUCGGCAACAAGAGUGACAAAAAUGUAUUAUAAUUAAAUACAGGUUUGCUUAUGUCAGCGGUAAUUUUCCAUUAUCAUAACCUGCGAAUACAGCCGUUUCUCCUUCCUCUCCGCCGCCAGGGACGUUCCGCCAGGAGGAAUUCUGCGCCUCAGCGACAGAAAUUCCAUACUGAUGACGUAAAAUCUGUCCGGAAUCUGGUCAGGAGCUCUGAUUGGUCGGUAUAGUAGUUAUAUUAUUUUACCUAUUCUUUACGAAUGACAGACAAAAGAUAAAAGGCCACAAAGGUCAGAUAUAAACGGGGUAGUAAACGUGAGGAAUAUAUUCUUCGGCUCUAGAAAAAGCAGCUGAGUUUUGCUGUCGCUGAAACGCAGACGUUCCUCCUGGCGAGACGUCCCUAGCAAGGAGAAACGGCUGUAUUCGCAGGCUACAAUUAUCCGCGAAAGAUGCGAAAGAGUAUUUCGGCGAUUGAUGAAAAAAAAAAUAAACUACGCAAUUCGAAUGUGCAACGGAUAAAUGAAAAAGCAUGCUUUACACUUUUUCUCCCGAACAUUUCUUAGUAUUCCUUUUUACUAGACGAGUGAAUGGAAAUGAACAAUGUUUAGGGAGUCGAUUAUCAUGUAAAACCGACGUAGUUACACUCCCCUUUUUGCAGAUUCACGUCACUGAGUACAGUUGAUCGAACCUUCGCUUUAGGGCACUGACCUCCCUUGUCCGGCGGACACUCAGUCUGAGACAUUUUUGUUUUCAUAAGUUUGAUUUUAUUUACCUUUAUUAAAAAUUCGCCAAGGAUGUACUAAUUAAUUAAAAAUAAUUAGAUGAUGGGAGCGUCUUUCUUUUUUUCUCAAAUUAUAAUCAGCUUUUUUUCUGUUGAGAAAGCUUCGUGCCCAAGGAAAAGAUUAGAACAUUGUUGCCAAAUGGCGCCCAAGAAAACGCCAGUUUCAGUUUCUAAACACAAUUUUUUGUAUAUGAAAUUUCAACGAGAGUCUUGAAUCCUGAAUGCUUUCAGAAAGCCCAGCAAAUUAAGUGAAAUUUACAUAAGGCUCGACCUUACCAUAUUUGAAAAUUUCUUGCCUUAUUCUUUCUAGUAACUAAGUAACCAAAGCUGCAAAAGAUGACCCCUUUGACCUAGAGUUCGAUCUGAAGAAAUCUGAUCAUGUGAUUAUUAGACAAACCACAGCAGAAUAAUAAUGUAAUUAAAAGCAAUGUAACUCUAUUUGUCCUCCUCGUUCCCAGGAUCCUCUCCUACUCCCACCCGGGAAUGAGUAGGAGUGGAGCCUGGGAACGAGGAUAGGCGAAUUAACAAAACAUACGUAAAUCUAAUCACUCUUUACCUAUGCUAGAGACUGUUUUUCUGUCAUUAAUUUUAUCACAGCGAACGUUUCACUACGACUCCAAUCUCUGGGGAAACAAAAUUGCCUUUAAACUUGACGGAGGGAAGACUGGGUUUGACUCACAGGAGACCAAACUUCCCUCCUACUGGAACACAUCUUUCUCCAAGAUCUGCCUCGGUAUGAAGAUCGGCCAUCAGAUCAAGUUUAUUGUCAUCAAGAAGCGGGCGAACUCCUUGUACUCUCUGAUCGCUGAUGAUAAGUACCGCAGAACCUCACUGGGUCGUAACACGUGGAAGUCGCUGAUUGGCUCUGGGGCUUCCUUGCAGAUUGCCUGUAACAGGGAAGGAUUUAAUGCCAAGAGUGACGUGCAGUCUUUAGGUAGAGACAUGGCUAAAGCAAGAAUCGGUAUCCUUGGUAAUGAAAUAAACGUUUGUAGUAAAUGUGACUCCAGAAUUGGGUUUGGUACUGGAGGGCUCCAUGAUGACACCAAUACAUGUGGGAAUCAGGUUGGAUUCGCAAAGAAUACAAAGGGACUAGGUUACAUCUUAGUACAGUGA